AUGGCGGCAAAAGGUGAAGGGCCUGCAAUCGGGAUUGAUUUGGGGACCACCUACUCAUGCGUGGGCGUGUGGCAGCACGAGCGCGUCGAGAUCAUAGCCAACGAUCAAGGAAAUCGCACGACGCCAUCCUGUGUCGCUUUCGCCGACGGCGAGUGUUUCAUUGGCGAAGCCGCCUUGAACCAGGCCGCCGUCAAUCCCGUCAACACCGUCUUUGAUGCCAAGCGGCUGAUGGGGAGAGGAUACAGCGACGCGUGUGUGCAGGAAGACAUAAAGCUGUGGCCGUUCAAAGUUGUCCCGAGCCCCACGGACAAGCCCAUGAUUGUGGUCUCUCACAAGGGCGAGGAAAAGCUCUUCCCCCCUGAAGAGAUAUCGUCCAUUGUCCUUACGAAGAUGGCCGCCAUUGCCGACUCCUACUUGGGCCCCCCCACCUCUGUUCGGGAUGCCGUCAUCACUGUCCCUGCCUACUUUAGCAACGCGCAGAGACAGGCCACCAUGGAUGCUGGUGCCAUUGCCGGCCUCAAUGUCAUCCGCAUCAUCAACGAGCCCACUGCCGCCGCCAUUGCCUAUGGCCUUAACCUCAACCUCCAGAAGAAGAACGUGUUGGUCUUCGACUUAGGCGGUGGCACCUGCGACGUCUCGCUCCUCACGAUUAGUAAGGGUACCAUCGAGGUGAGGGCCACUGCCGGCAACACCCACCUCGGCGGGGAGGAUUUCGACAACCGCAUUAUCUCUCACCUUGCCGCCGAGUUCAAGCGCAAGUACCGCAAGGACCUCUCCCAAAACCCCCGAGCCCUACGCAGGCUGAGGACCGCCGCCGAGAGGGCCAAGAGGAUUCUCUCCACCAACACUCAGACCGCUGUGGACAUUGAGUGUCUGCACGAGGGCAUUGAUUUCCACUCUAUCAUUACUCGUGCUAAAUUCGAGGAUCUCAACACGGACCUGUUUGAAAAGUGCGUCGAGCCAGUUGAGGCCUGCCUGAGAGACGCCGGGAUGGACAAGAAUUCCAUACAUGAUGUCGUUCUCGUUGGAGGCUCGACCAGGAUCCCCAAAGUUCAGAAGAUGCUGCAGUAUAUUUUCGAGGGAAAGGAGAUGUGCAGGAACAUUAACCCGGAUGAGGCCGUUGCGUGCGGGGCCGCCGUGCAGGCGGCCGUCCUAAGUGGCCGCAUAGGGGGCAACAACAAGGUGCGGGACCUUGUCCUCCUUGAUGUGACCCCUCUCUCACUAGGAGUGGAUACUGUCGGGGAUGUCAUGUGUGUUGUGGUCCCACGAAACACGAGUAUCCCCACCCAGAAGGAUCAUGAAUUCACCACAAAUUUCGAUAACCAGAAAAAUGUGAGGUUCAAGGUCUACGAGGGCGAGCGGGCGAGGGCAACAGACAACAACCUACUCGGGCAGUUCAAGGUGGAGGGGAUCCCAGCUGCUCAGCGGCGUGUGCCCAAGCUGGAAGUGUGUUUCAAAAUUGACGCCAACGGGAUACUUAGUGUGUCGGGCAAAGAGAGGUCGUCGGGCAGAACCUACGGGAUUACUAUAACAAACAAACAAGGGAGGUUGUCGAAAGAGGAGAUUAAUAGGAUAGUGUUGGAUGCCGAGAGGUACAGGACGGAGGACGAAGAGUUUAAGAGGAGGAUCAAAGCCAGGAAAAACAUCGAGAAUAUUGCUUAUGACAUAAGGAACAUGGAAUUUGGGUUCUCCUCGAAGCUGUGGACAUGGUAG